ACUGCCUACAGUCAGGACUGGAAGGAGGAAGCGGAGGGAUGAGUCGAGGAGAGGCCGAGCCAGAGGUGGAGAGUCGGGAGGAUGAGGAGCAGAACGUCAAACUGGUGGAGAUUCUGGAGCUGCUGGUUGCCGCCGGUUACUUCCGAGCCAGAAUUAAGGGGCUGUCCCCCUUCGACAAGGUGGUGGGCGGGAUGACCUGGUGUAUCACCACCUGUAACUUUGACAUAGACGUGGACCUGCUCUUCCAGGAGAACUCCACCAUCGGCCAGAAGAUGUAAGUA